UUUCUCUGUCUGGGCUAUGGCACCUCUGAGCCAGCUGAGUGGCCACAUCAACUCCACCUGUGGGGCAGAGAACUCCACAGGAGCCGGCCGAGCCCGCCCACAUGCCUACUACGCCCUCUCCUACUGCGCACUCAUCCUGGCCAUCGUCUUCGGCAAUGGUCUGGUGUGUGUGGCAGUGCUGAGGGAACGGGCUUUGCAGACCACCACCAACUACCUGGUGGUGAGCCUGGCCGUGGCGGACCUGCUGGUGGCCACCUUGGUGAUGCCCUGGGUGGUGUACCUGGAGGUGACAGGUGGAGUCUGGACCUUCAGCCGAGUUUGCUGUGAUGUUUUCGUCACCCUGGAUGUCAUGAUGUGUACAGCCAGCAUCCUGAACCUCUGCGCCAUCAGCAUCGACAGGUACACUGCAGUGGUCAUGCCAGUUCACUACCAACAUGGUACAGGACAGAGCUCCUGUCGGCGCGUGGCCCUCAUGAUUACAACCGUGUGGGUACUAGCCUUUGCCGUGUCUUGCCCUCUCCUCUUUGGCUUCAACACCACAGGAGACCCCACUGUCUGCUCCAUCUCCAACCCUGAUUUUGUCAUCUACUCUUCGGUGGUGUCCUUCUACCUGCCCUUUGUAGUGACUGUCCUUGUCUAUGCCAGGAUCUACGUGGUGCUGAGACAGAGGAGACGGAAACGGAUCCUCACUCGACAGAACAGUCAGUGCAUCAGUGUCAGGCCUGGCUUCCCACAACAACCACUAUCCCCUGGCCGGGCACACUUGGAGCUGAAGCGCUACUACAGCAUCUGCCAAGAUACUGCCUUGGGGAGACCAGGUUUCCAAGAAGCAGGAGGAGAAUUGAAAAGGGAGGGGAAGACUCGGAACUCCCUCAGCCCCACCAUGGCACCCAAGCUCAGCUUAGAGGUUCGAAAACUCAGUAACGGCAGGUUGUCGACAUCUCUGAAGUUGGGGUCCUUGCAACCCCGCGGAGUGCCACUUCGGGAGAAGAAGGCAACCCAGAUGCUGGCCAUCGUUCUUGGGACCUUCAUUGUCUGCUGGCUGCCCUUCUUUUUGACCCACAUUCUCAAUACCCACUGCCAAGCCUGCCAUGUGUCCCCAGAGCUUUACAGUGCCACCACGUGGCUGGGCUACGUGAACAGUGCCCUCAACCCUGUGAUCUAUACCACCUUCAAUGUCGAAUUCCGUAAAGCUUUCCUCAAGAUCCUGUCUUGCUAAAGGAGAGGACAGCAUACUCCCAGUACCCACCUUUAGUUGCCAGGCCAUUGGGCAACUGGCCAGCGCCUGCUGAGGAAGACUGUGCUAUGUUCUCUGGCAUGAGGUAGGAAGAAGAUUCCUGGAGCCAGGACAUCCCUGAGUAGCAGGUGUAACCAACUGCUUCUUCCAAAACAGAAUGUUCUACCUCCCCAGCUAAAAAUCUGACUUCAUCCUGGUAAUAUUCAAAUGGUCGGGAGGCCCCAAAUGAUAAGCAAUAAUUCAGAAAGAAGCUGAUAAAACGUGACGCUACUCUAUAUACACAUACCAAAUUGUCAUCUGAGGCAUGAUUCAUCACAGUGAAGGAAAAACGAACAGAUCUCGUAAUUGUUAACUCGCCAGGGGUCCUUGAAAUCUCAGCCAGUAAACCAUCUUGCAAAACAGCCAGUCCCUCUUCCUUCAAGCCUAUAAUUAAACUAUCAGGCUGACCCUGUA